GGGUGUGGGCCGUCCUGGGCGGGCGCCCGAGGUGUGGGGUUGCGGCCCGAGGCGGCACUGGCGGCUCCCGGACGCUCCUUCCCAUUUCCUUUCCUUUCCCCAGUCUUCUCAGUGUGAUUUUCUUGGCAGACUCCCAACCACUGCGCCACCAGGGAAGCCCCAGUCUUCUGCUUUUAAUGGAGUUGAUGUUAAGCAUUGUAGCAACCAACAUAAAGUGGAAAAGAUCAGAUAAAAGAUUUAAUGCCCAUAAAAACAAACCAGCUACUCAGGGCCAAAGCCAGUUUUUAGGUUGGAUUGCACAGAAAAGUGAAAAGAGAAUGCUCCACUUUAACCGAUGUCAGCAUCUGAAACAAAUAACUCAGAAAUGCUUUUCUAGUACACAUGUGAAAACGGAUAAACAUGCACAGCUAUUUCUUUCAAGAACCUUUGCACUUGCAGAAUUAAGGAAGUCAUGGCACUCAAUCUACUCUCUUGUUGGAGACAAAAAUAUUAUCCUGAUGGGACCACCCGGUGCUGGGAAAACAACAGUAGGCAGAAUAAUAGGUCAGAAACUAGGUUGUUGUGUCAUAGAUGUGGAUGAUGAUAUCCUUGAAAAAACCUGGAAUAUGAGUGUGUCUGAAAAAUUGCAGGAUGUUGGUAAUGAGCAAUUUUUAGAAGAGGAAGGAAAAGCUGUGUUAAACUUCUCUGCAUCUGGAAGUGUGAUUUCCCUUACUGGGUCCAAUCCAAUGCAUGAUGCUAGCAUGCUGCAUCUGAAGAAAAAUGGAAUAAUUGUUUAUCUGGAUGUACCUCCAAUAGAUAUAGUUAGUCGUCUAAAAUUAAUGAAAGUAGAUAGGAUUGUAGGUCAGAAUUCUGGAACAUCUAUGAAAGACUUACUUAAGUUUAGAAGACAGUAUUAUAAGAAGUGGUACGAUACUCGUGUUUUAUGCGAAGAUGGGGCUUCCCCGGAGGAGGUGGCUGACAAAGUGCUGAAUGCAGUUAAAAGAUACCAAGAUGUGGACUCGGAAACAUUCAUUUCCACAAGACACAUUUGGCCUAAAGACUGUGAACAGAAGGUUCCAACAAAAUUCUUUAGUGAAGCUGUGAUUGAGGGGUUAGCUCCUGAUGGUGGACUUUUUGUUCCUGAGAAGGAGUUUCCGAAAUUAAACUGUGGGGAGUGGAAAAGCCUCGUAGGAGCAACGUACAUAGAAAGAGCACAAAUACUCUUGGAAAAAUGUAUACAUCCUGCUGACAUACCUGCUUCCAGGUUGGGAGAAAUGAUUGAAACUGCUUAUGGGGAAAACUUUGCCUGCUCAAAAAUUGCCCCUGUCAGGCACCUGUCAGGCAACCAGUUCAUCCUGGAGUUGUUCCACGGACCAACGGGAUCAUUUAAAGAUUUGUCUUUACAGCUCAUGCCCCAUCUUUUUGCACACUGUAUUCCACCAAGUUGUAAUUACAUGAUACUUGUAGCCACCUCAGGAGACACCGGGAGUGCAGUCUUAAAUGGCUUUAGUCGUCUUAGUAAGAAUGACAAGCAAAGAAUAGCUGUGGCCACAUUUUUUCCUGAGGAUGGAGUAAGUGAUUUUCAAAAAGCACAAAUAAUUGGCAGUCAGAACGAAAAUGGAUGGGCAGUAGGUGUCAAGUCAGAUUUUGAUUUUUGCCAGACAUCUAUAAAAAGGAUUUUUCAAGAUUCUGAUUUUACUGGCUUUCUUACUGUGGAAUAUGGAACAGUCUUAAGUUCAGCUAAUUCCAUAAACUGGGGCCGACUGCUUCCCCAAGUAGUUUAUCAUGCUUCUGCAUACCUUGAUCUCGUUAGCCAAGGAUUUAUUUCUUUUGGAAGCCCAGUCGAUGUGUGUAUUCCCACAGGAAACUUUGGUAACAUUUUAGCAGCAGUGUAUGCCAAAACCAUGGGAAUCCCUAUUCGAAAAUUUAUUUGUGCUUCUAAUCAGAACCAUGUUUUGACUGAUUUUAUAAAAACAGGACAUUAUGAUCUAAGGGAAAGAAAAUUAGCACAAACCUUUUCACCAGCAAUUGAUAUUCUCAAAUCUUCAAACCUGGAGCGACAUUUACACUUGAUGGCUAAUAAAGAUGGACAAUUAAUGACAAGAUUAUUUAAUCAAUUAGAAGAGCAGCAUCACUUCCAGAUAGAAAAGAUUCUAGUUGAGAAAGUUCAGCAGGAUUUUGUAGCUGACUGGUGCUCUGAGGAAGAGUGCCUAGCAGCUAUUCACUCCACCUACAAUACUUCCGGGUAUAUUUUGGAUCCACACACUGCUGUUGCAAAAGUAGUUGCAGACAGAAUGCAAGAUAAAACCUGCCCAGUGAUCGUCUCAUCUACAGCUCAUUACUCAAAGUUUGCACCUGCUAUCAUGCAGGCUUUAAAGAUCAAAGAAAUCAGUCAAACUUCAUCAAGUCAGGUUUAUUUACUGAGUUCAUACAAUGCAUUACCUCCACCUCAUGAGGCUUUAUUAGAGAGAACAAAACAGCAAGAGAAGAUGGAGUGCCAGGUCUGUGCAGCUGAUAUGAAUGUCCUGAAGAGUCACGUGGAAAAACUAGUACAAAAUCACUUCAUAUAGAAGUUUUCUGAGUAAAAAAAAUUUCUGGUGAUAAGCAUGCAAUAAUAGAUCACAAAAGUUGAUUUGGAAUACAAAUAACAUUUUGUUUUUUAUGUAAAUAUGUAUGUCUAUAUGUAGAUCUGUUAUCUUUCGGAAUUUCAAUAGCCUAAUCUCUAGAUCUGAACAUUAUACCUACACAUGCUCCUUGGAUCCUUAAUCUGGAAGUGACAGGUAGCAUAGUGCACAGACCCUUGUGCUGUGCUUUGCACUCAUGAGGGAUAUAUCAGUUUCUACUCCCUCACCCCCACUUUUAAGCAGACCAAAAUGUCUGGUAUUCAAUCUGGCAAUUAAAACAUUUAAGCAUAGUUGUUACGUAGUACAUCUGUAACCAUUACCAGUUCUCUAUUGAAUAGAAAGAUAAUUUACCACUCUAAUGGUUAACUUCUCUGGAGGAAGUAGUAAGCUCAUCUAUUAAGAAAGGGCUAGUAGUGUUUUUGACUCUCCAUUUCGGACUUGUAAUUAAUUAUGUGUAUUCUAUGCUACCCAGAUUAGAUAAGUGCUCUGGCCUUCACUCCCCUUUGGAUCUGUAUAGUUAAGGUGAUGUAGUUUGAAAAUCAAGACACAAGAUUUAAAUCCACGAUGUAAUAAUCAACAGAACUACUUAGUAGUGGAUACAGAAAUAAAAUUAUGUAUCUAUUUCAAAAGAAAAGCUUUCCAAAAUUCAGGGUAUUUGAAUAGUCUUAAUGGAAGUAUGUUUCUAGUUCUACCAGUUUUCCUGUAUUAUUUGGACUCCAUUCCUGUAUAAUUUGUCUAUUGUCUCUCUUUUCAAUGAACAUUGUCUUUUUUGGUAACUAAAAUCACAUACAAUUGAUGCACAUAUUUAGUAUUUCCUUCUUUGUAGUAACAAUACAUUAUAAACAUGAUUUACAUUUGUGAAUUUCCUGGGUGUUUUAUUUCUGAAUUAAAGAUUAUCAGUGAAAGGACCUGUUAGUGUAAUGGACUACUCUCAACCACAAGAUGGCAUUCCUAACAUAAUUUGUUUUUGCUGAUAACAUUCUGCUUCAUUUUCUGGGAGAACCACCUCCAUAAAGAAACAUAUUACAGGGGCUUCCCUGAUGGCACAGUGGUUAAGAAUCCGCCUGCCAAGG